AGCUAGAAGAGAUUAAGUCAAUGCCCAUUGCCAAGCCAUCUUGAUUACCCUGGAUGAUGUCAGGAGAGUAUGUCUCACACCCAUUGCAGAGUGGGAGACUGAGGCCUAAAGUCACUUGGAGAGCGGUAUGCAGAGGUGGGACUACCAGGCUAGCACCAGCCUUCUGCUUCUCACCCGUGGAAUUCCUCACCUCAAGUCCCAUGCCUGUAGCUUUUGCCCCUUCUAGCCAGCUAUGGAACAGAAGCCUGGAAAGGGACCCCUUUUCUUAGUUACCCCACUCAGCAUGACUAAGUUUUGCCACAGAUUGACCCUUUGGGAUCCCAGUGGCCUAGCACCCUGGGCUGGGAGGUAAAAGACCUGGGGAGACUUGGAUAUUAGGGUCCAUUGACGUCCCUGUGCCUAUAGGCCAUAAUGCUGCUCGGAGCCUCUCUGGUGGGGGCACUGCUGUUCUCUAAGUUGGUGCUGAAACUGCCCUGGACCCAGGUGGGGUUCUCUCUACUGCUCCUCUACUUGGGGUCUGGUGGCUGGCGCUUCAUCCGGAUAUUCAUCAAGACCGUCAGGCGCGAUGUCUUUGGUGGCCUGGUGCUCCUGAAGGUGAAGGCAAAGGUGCGACGGUACCUGCGGGAGCGGCAGACGGUGCCCACUUUGUUUGCUUCUACGGUUCAGCGUCACCCUGACAAGACGGCCCUGAUCUUCGAGGGCACAGACACCCACUGGACCUUCCGCCAGUUGGAUGAGUACUCGAGCAGUGUGGCCAACUUCCUUCAGGCGCGUGGCCUGGCCUCAGGUGAUGUGGCCGCCCUCUUCAUGGAGAACCGAAAUGAGUUUGUGGGCCUGUGGCUGGGCAUGGCCAAGCUGGGCGUGGAGGCAGCACUUAUCAACACCAAUCUCCGGCGGGAUGCCCUGCUCCACUGUGUCACCACUUCCCGGGCACGCGCCCUUAUCUUUGGUAACGAAAUGGCCCCAGCUGUCUGUGAGAUCCAUGCCAACCUGGAACCCUCGCUCAGCCUGUUCUGCUCCGGCUCCUGGCAGCCCAGUGCAGUGCCUGCCAGCACAGAGCACCUGGAUCCUUUGUUGAAAGGUGCUCCAAAGCAUUUGCCCAGUCGUCCUGACAAGGGCUUCACAGAUAAGCUCUUCUACAUCUACACAUCCGGUACCACAGGGCUGCCCAAAGCCGCCAUCGUGGUGCACAGCAGGUAUUACCGCAUGGCUGCCUUGGUGUACUACGGAUUCCGCAUGCGGCGUGAUGACAUUGUCUAUGACUGCCUCCCUCUCUACCACUCAGCAGGAAACAUCGUGGGAAUGGGGCAGUGCCUGCUUCAUGGAAUGACGGUGGUGAUCAGGAAGAAAUUCUCAGCUUCCCGGUUCUGGGAUGAUUGUAUCAAGUACAACUGCACAAUUGUGCAGUACAUUGGCGAACUCUGCCGCUACCUCCUGAACCAGCCGCCCAGGGAUUCAGAAAACCAGCAUCAAGUCCGAAUGGCAUUAGGCAAUGGCCUCCGGCAGUCCAUCUGGACCAGCUUUUCCAGCCGCUUCCACAUCCCCCAAGUGGCUGAGUUCUAUGGGGCCACUGAGUGCAACUGCAGCCUGGGCAACUUCGAUGGCCAGGUGGGGGCCUGUGGCUUCAACAGCCGCAUCCUGUCCUUUGUGUACCCUAUCCGGCUGAUACGAGUCAAUGAAGAUACCAUGGAGCUGAUCCGGGGGGCCGAUGGUGUCUGCAUUCCCUGCCAGCCAGGUGAGCCGGGCCAGCUAGUGGGCCGCAUCAUCCAGAAAGACCCCCUGCGCCGCUUCGAUGGCUACCUCAACCAGGGUGCCAACAAUAAGAAGAUUGCCAAGGAUGUCUUCAAGAAAGGGGACCAGGCCUACCUCACUGGCGACGUGCUGGUGAUGGACGAGUUGGGCUACCUAUACUUCCGAGACCGCACAGGAGACACAUUCCGCUGGAAAGGCGAGAAUGUGUCCACCACUGAAGUGGAAGGCACACUCAGCCGCCUGCUGGACAUGGCUGAUGUGGCAGUGUAUGGUGUCGAGGUGCCAGGAACUGAGGGUCGGGCCGGAAUGGCUGCUGUGGCCAUUGCUACUAACAACUGUGACCUAGAGCACUUUGCACAGGUCUUAGAGAAGGAGCUGCCCUUAUAUGCCCGCCCCAUCUUCUUGCGUUUCCUGCCUGAGCUGCACAAAACAGGGACCUACAAGUUCCAGAAGACAGAGCUGCGAAAGGAGGGCUUUAAUCCGGCUAUUGUGAAAGACCCCCUGUUCUACCUGGACACUCGGAAGGGCUUCUAUGUCCCACUGGACCAAGAGGCCUACACACGCAUCCAGGCAGGCGAAGAAAAGCUGUGAAUUUCCCACUUCAUCCCUCUGAGGGGUAGUAGAUGUUGGAUCCAGAGCCCUGAGCUCCACCCCAGAGGGGUCCUGGAUGAUGCCAGACCAAAGCAAGCAGGGCCCAGCACCUCCACCCUGAGGUGCUGACCCCUCCCUCCAAAACUGCCAAGUGACUCACUGCCACCUCCCACACCUCCAGAGGUUUUCUGUGAAAGCCUCAUGUCCCAAGUUACGUCUUCUGCACUAGGCAGGCCCUCUGGUUCCCAGGCUGAGACUGACAGGGCCUUCUCAGGAUGAUGUCUUGGGUCAGGGCAGGAGAGGUAGAGGAGUCACCAAGCUCUCCCCAGAGGGUAGGAAGCUUAUAAAUGGGACCAGGGCAGAAGUCUCCAGACUCAGGAAAGCAACACAGUGGGCAGGGUUAGUAGUGGCCAUUGAUCAGAUGGCUGAAGAGGAUCCUGGCCCCAGACCUGCCCAAGUUCAUUCAGCUUCACCCACCUUCAGGAGGGGACACACAGCCCCAAUGUGGCCCCUGGUGCCCCCUCCAGCAACAGGUCAGGACAGAGCACCCCUUGUUUCUCCACACUCCCUCAUCCUCUCCCUGGGUGGCAGCCUGGUUGUCCCUCAGGUAGGGCCUUUCUGUCCUUGUGGGUCUAUGUCACCUCCAUCUCAGUCCUAGCCUGGCUGUGAGAAGAAGAAUGUGGGAGGGGCUUGGGGAUCAAUAAAUUCUGCCUUGAUUCCUCCUCA